AUGACCACUGCAAACGAAUCUAAUUUGCCCAUUCUGGAGGUGCAAGACCUCCAUGUUUCCAUCGACGGCCAAGAGAUACUGCGGGGGGUUAACCUGAUAGUGCGGGCUGGCGAAGUGCACGCCAUCAUGGGGCCAAACGGCUCCGGCAAGAGCACGCUGGCCAAUACCCUGGCCGGCCGGCCCGAAUACACCGUAACCAGCGGGAAGGCCAUAUAUAAGGGCCUGGACUUGCUGAAGAUGGAGCCGGAAGCGCGCGCCCGCGAGGGUAUGUUCCUGGCGUUCCAAUACCCGGUUGAGCUCCCCGGCGUACGCGCCUGGCAAUUUCUGAAGGCCGCCAUGGACGCCAAGCGUGUUCAUGCGGGCGAAGAGGAGAUGGGCGCACGCGAGUUCGACCAAUUGCUCCGUUCCAAGGUGGAAGAGGUAGAAAUAGAUCCGGAGCUGGUGCGCCGUUCGGUGAACGAGGGGUUCUCGGGUGGCGAAAAGAAGCGCAACGAAGUGCUUCAGAUGACCCUGCUGGAACCUACGCUGGCCCUGCUGGACGAAACUGAUUCCGGUCUGGAUAUCGAUGCACUGAGGAUCGUGUCCGACGGCGUGAAUCGAUUGCGACGUCCGGACAACGCGGCGGUAUUGGUAACUCACUACCAGCGCAUUCUCAAUUACAUAACGCCGGACCAGGUUCAUGUCCUGGUGGAUGGCCGGAUAGCAAUGAGCGGCGGCCCGGAACUGGCGGAACAGCUGGAAGCCAGGGGUUAUGAAUGGGUUCGUGAAGAAACGGGAGCCGUGGUCGAAUGA